AACCAUCUCCCGUCUCUUCGAAACGUAACCAAAAUUCGAUCAAAAUAAAUUUGGAAUAUUACAAAAAUUAAUUGAUUCGCAACUGAAAUCUAAAGAAAAUGCACCUGCCUGGCCGGCUUCAACUGAAGAGAGUGCAUUAAGGGCAUAAUUUGGAAACGAAAACGUAGGAAUUGGCCAAAAAAUCGCAGUCAUGGAGGAGAAUAUGUGGAUCAUUGAGCUGGAAUCGGCGCUACUGGACGACUGCAAUGUCAACGAUAUCUAUGGCAUUUGCCAGGGCAAAGCUCUGCCGGAGGCACUGCGUCCGGAUGUGUGGCAAGUGUGCCUGGAUGUGCGCCACAAAUCGGAUCAGAUGUCGCUCUUCAACGAGAUCUACGACUUGCCUUUUCAAAGCCAACUACGCGAGGAUUGCCAAAGGCAUGUCGAUCGCAUGGGCAACGAUGAGGAGGACAAGGUCUCGGUGGUGUCCGACCUGGAGUCCAUCAUCACAUUCUACUGCAAGAACCGAAAUCUACAGUACGAGCCGGAAAACGGUUGGAUAGAGCUGCUGCUGCCACUCUUCGCCCUGAAACUAAACCGCUCGGAUACUUUCAACCUGUUUGAGUCCAUCAGGGAUACCUACAUACCCAAGGGCUGUCGGCCCAAGGGCAAUGUCUUCCACGUUUUUCGCCUGCUCUUGCUCUACCACGAUCCCGAGCUCUGCACUCUGCUGGACACUAAGAAGAUCACACCCGAUUUGUACUCGCUUACCUGGUUUCAGUCGCUUUUCGCCUCCUGCAGCAGCCUGUCGGUUAUCAUCGCCAUGUGGGAUCUCUACUUCCAGAAUGCUGACCCUUUUAUGGUCUUUUUCCUCGCCCUAAUUAUACUAAUCAAUGGUAGAGAGCAGAUCCUGCAGAUGAGGAGCUCGUCCAAGGAGGAAAUCAUUAAGUUUCUGGCCCUUAUGCCCUGUGCCCUGGAAUUUGACGAUGUGCCCGACUUUUGCUCGCUGGCCCAGUACUAUGCGCUCAAGACACCCACUUCGUUCAAGACGGACUACCUGAAGGCGCUGUAUGGCAAACAGAAUGAUACGCCACGCAGCCAGGAGGAGGCGAAUAAGGUGUCGCAGGCCCUGUGCCUGCCCGUCUCCGUUUAUGAGCUAGUGGAAAACUCGGCCACCGAAUUCCCUGUGCCGGAUGCAGUGCGUUUCUUCCUCGUCGACUGCCGACCCGCAGAGCAGUACAAUGCCGGCCACCUGUCCACGGCAUUCCAUCUGGACUGCAACCUGAUGCUCCAGGAACCUGUGGCCUUCGCCACCGCCGUCCAGGGACUGCUCACCGCCCAGCGGCAGGCCAUCGAGGCCAAUUCGAAUGCCGGCGGCGAGCAUUUGUGCUUCAUGGGCAGCGGACGCGUCGAGGAGGAUCAGUACACGCACAUGGUGGUGGCCUCAUUCCUGCAGAAGAACACCCACUACGUGUCGCUGCUGACGGGCGGCUAUGCCUCCAUUCACGACUACUUUGGCGACCACAUGGCCGACUGCCUGGAGGAUCACAAUGUGCGCAAGUGCCUCGUCUGCCAGCAGCACAAUGUCCAGCAGACAAAAUCAGCGACUCUAAAGGCCUCGACGCCCUCGUCCACGGAUCUGUUUAGCAAAUUCUCCGCCGCCAUGAAGUCAAAGUCAGCGGAGGUGAAGGGCAAACUGCUGGACAUCAUUGUGAAUCCCAGUGCCAAUCCCAGUGGCUCAGCCGGCGGUUCCAAUGGCGUGCAGUCGGCGCCGGCCCAGGAACGCCAUGUGAGUGCCAAGGAGCGGAACGGCAAGCGCUAUCGCAAUGUGGCGCCUGUCUUCAGCAUUGACGAUGAGAACGAGGAUGCCUUCGAUGGAGCGACGGGGGAGCGGGAUGACCAACCACUGGCCGGCGAUGGCAAGGAGAUCGUGAGCCUGAACCAGUACUUCAAGACGGCGGACAUCAUCAAUGCCUUUAAGUGCCAGGAGGUGCACAUGAGUGGCUAUAUGUACGACAGUCACUUGAUCAUCACGCCCGGCCAACUGGUGGUGCUAAGGGAACUGGGACGAGGACAGGCGCAGAUAAUGGUGCGCCGCCCGCUGGCCAGCAUUGUGAAGAUCACGGCCAAGAAGCGGCACCGCGACCUGAUCACCUUCAAGUACGGAUUCCCCGACGGCGAUGGGCUGCUCAUCACGGACAUGGACCGAUUCCUCAUCCCCAAUGCCGCCGAGGCAACGGCCCUAGUCUCCAAGCACAUAGUGCAGGUGCUGGACAACGCCAAGUAGUAGGAUAAUGUUACAUAUUAAAAACCUCCAUGUGCUUUUCUUGUUUAACCCCUCCACCCCCGCCCCAAGCUUUACUUCAUAUACCCACCACACAGAUGGCCAGAAAUCAGAGAAACAAAAUGUGCAAUGCAGUUAGUUUGUAAUUGGCAAUGUUUUCCUUAAAGUAGCUGACAAAUUGUAGUUCUUAUUGUAAACAAAAGGCCUCUGCAUGCAAUUGUAACAUAGAGCAAAUGAAGAAGAUAGAGGAACGUACACCCACGGAUCACAUCGCCAGCAUAUGCCCUGCCCUUGGGCCGGUUUUUCUAAAAUUUCUAAGUGCAGAAGAGAAGAAAAGGAAUCCUUAACUGAAGCCUUGAGACUUACAACGUGUAAAUGAAGAGAGUAACUUAUAUUUAUUGCAAUUAAACCAAACAAAUAAAUCUGUAUUAUAAUCGACACAAAAAA